AUGAAGGUUGUUCGUCCAACCUUGUCAGUUGUCUCUGCAUGCAUUACCCAUGGGACCGCCGGGCCACCGAUCGGACAUUCACAGCGCAGUCAGAGAAGGGAGAGGGGAAGGGUCUUCGUGGAUGAUGAAGCGAAUGACUUUGAACACAUGAGACGACAAAGAUCUUCUACAAAGGGAAAAGCAAUAUGCAAUAUGAUCACACUCAAGUCGAAUCUGAAAUAUUCUGUAGGACAAAAAAUGGAAAUAUUACUCAGUCCCAACUCCAAAGUCCUGAAGAAAAUAGCAAAGACAGCACGCAUUUCUGGCAGAGUCAAAAACCCAUAA